CAAUCACAUUGUUCGUUACCAAAGCUGUAGUCUUUUUCUUCUUUCGACGUCUCGUCUGCUGAAUCUUCGUCUGUAGGGUCACUCGUGGAUUUUCUGCAGCUUUGUUAGAGAGGAGCAUACAAUCUUUAAAUCCUUCAAGAUAUUAAUAAAAAAGUUUACACAAUGUCUCUACUGCGAAAAUUAUUUCCAUCAGUCCGAGCCCAAGAAGAAGAAUUGGUUGAUCCUCAAGUCGUAUUAAGGGAAAAAUGCAGUGGUACCAAGCACUGUGUAGAAUUGAGAAACAAGUUAGAAGAGUGUAACAAUCGAGUCAACAGUCGAUCUCAGACCGCAGAAACCUGUGUCGAGGAACUGUUCGACUAUCUACAUGCCUUGGACCACUGUGUCACUGAACAGCUGUUUUCACAAUUAAAAUGAAAUAGUCACUCUUCUCAUAAUUGUAUAGCUAUUGCUUAGGAAUAAUAUGAUUUGUCAGAAUUUUUUCUUUGUUAUACAUCUCUUGAUAAUUGUCUUUCUUGUGAAUCAUUUUUAGGAUCGAUCAAUUAUUAUUGAGUAAAUCGUUAAGUUUC